AUUGUGUAUGUAUACAAAUAUCACAAUCAAAAUUGAUAUUCUCUAGAUUUUCCUUUUCUUAUAUCCAAUCACCUAAACUCCACAACCCUAAAUCUCUCAUUGUGUAAAGUCAUGGAAACUCAAGCACACAACAAGAAGCAAUUAGAAGAUGUACUUGUUCUCCAAACACAUGCACUCAACAUAGAUGAUGAGGAAGAGCACCCUCCCAAACAAGAAGAAACUCCACCGCAAUUAUUUGAAGUGGAAGCAAUUCUGAAAUACGAAUUUAAAAAUAAGCAAUUAUUGGAAGAGGCUUUUACACACAACACUUACGAUACUGAGAAUAACUUAUCUUAUGAGCGUUUGGAAUAUAUUGGCGACGCUGUUCUUAACAUGUUGAUAACGCAGGAACACUAUUUCUUAUACCCGAAUUUGUCUCCAGGUGCGUUAACUCGGUUACGAUCUGCGAAUGUGGAUACUGAAAAGCUCGCACGUGUGGCUAUCAAACACGAAUUACACCGUUAUUUGCGACAUAAAAAACCUCUACUUGAGGAACAAAUUAAUGAAUUUACUAAAGCAAUCUCAGAAUAUCCUUUACAUUCAUAUGGGUUGAUCAUCGCGCCUAAAACUCUAGCUGAUAUUGUUGAAUCAGCUAUUGGUGCUGUUUUCAUUGAUUCUGACAAAUCCUUCGAAAUUGUGUGUAAGGUUUUUAAAAGAUUACUUGAACCUAUGAUUGAUCCAAACACUAUAGAAAAACAUCCUAUCGCAGAGCUUCAAGAAUAUUGUCAGAAGAACAAAGUCGAUUUUAAAUUCAUAGACUUAUGGGAAGAAUCUAAGAGCGUUGAAGUCUUUGUAAAUGAUAAAUUCGUUGCAAGAGGGUCUCAUGGCUCUAAGAAAAAAGCACAAAGUAGAGCAGCAAAAAGUGCUUUGGAUCUCAUAUAAAGGUUGCUAAGUACAAGCACAAGCACAUCUACAAUGGAAGCUGCUCUAGAUUGAUGUAUAUGUUUCUAGUUUAUUUGUGUAUUUUAUUUAUCACUCAAGUGGUGCUUCUAUUUGAUAAUACUCAUUUGGUUUUACUAUGAGUGUCGUGUUAAUAACAAAAUUGUAACAAAAUGAAUGUAAUUUUCAAUUUUUAAUGUAAUUAUUUUUUUUCAAUAGUUUCA